AUGGCCGGACCCCUCGAGGCCCUACCGACUGCCACCAUUCUACUCCGCAAUGCCACUCGUGCAUUAAACCCUCGGAUUCCUCCCAUAGCCCGGCAGAGCGUCUCCAUACUACCCUGCCGCAUAGCCAUCAUCUCUCGCGACAAACUCAGAAAAGAAUCAUUAGCCAAGAACCCCAAUCUACGCCGAUGCGUCGCACACAAUAGUCUCCUCCGGCGGUCCAUGGAGGAAGCACACCACAAUAUCCGCAAAAGCAUGUCUUCUCUUUACUUCGAGGACGACGAGGAUGACAGUCCAGCCAUGACUUCACAAAUAUCCAGCGAAAGCCCAUCCUCCAGCAUCCGGAGCACAAUCAACGCUGCUGUAAAAGCUAUGGCGCGUCGACAACGGUCAGAGGGUCUUGUCCGGAUGGCUUCUUCCUCUUCUCAGGAACCCGACGGAAAGAAGCCGCCGGCUAAGUAUCGCCGCUACUACGCUCCCAGACUCAGAGUCCACCGUCCUGCGGGAUAG